AUGGAACCACCAUCAGAGUUUUCAUUCGAAACCGAACGCCCAGCACAGCUACAAUCUCAUUUGAAACCCAAACGUAAAAGAUCGCGGGCAGGAUGCUUCACAUGCCGACUUAGACGGAAGAAAUGUGACGAAGUUCAUCCGAAAUGUGGAACAUGCAGCAAGAAUAUGCUGAAAUGCAUUUGGCCACAGCGUGGCCAGGGCAGACUGACCAAAGAGAUGAGAGAAAAAAUGAAAAGAGAAGUGGAUCUCUAUGAUGACUUCGUAUCAGCUGAAGCUCUCAAAGAGAGCGCUGAAACUCUGGAGCAAGAAGAGAUAGAAAAACAAAGUACGAGCUUGGAAGAUUUCACCCCUAAGCACGAUUCAAAUUCAGGUUCAGACUCGCCUGUACAGCUCAAACAACAGGACUCGUGGGAAAUGGUUGAGACACAUCGGAAUAAGCGCGCAUCCUUCGUAAAUUACACGACAGACACUCAAAAGGACUUUGUGCUCUUGAGCAGCGAUGUGGUAGUUAGAGAUGCCACUUUAGAUCUGCGUGAGGAUUCAGAUGACGAGCAGGUCUUUAACAUUGAUAAAAGCACUUCAAUUGAAAUUGCUGGGGAGGAUUUUGACAAAUUCGACGAAUUGAAAUUAAGCGAAAGUCCUAAAGUGGAGUCGGAGAUGGAGCGCGAUUCCAUCAAGACAGAAACACAGUUAGUACGUCGUGGCAAUAGUCCCACCAAUGGAUGGCUCUCUAUCCCAGAUACGCCUGAUGGCACACCUAAUAUUCCUUCUAUUGAUUUCUUUUGGGAAAAGCUCUUCGAUAUUAAUUUUACUGACCCAAUAAUCUCUCCUAAUUUUUCGAUAAUACCACCAACAUCCGUAGCACCCGCUGUCGACGAAAAGGAAGGGCUCAGUCUGCGUACUACUGCCUCCUUGAUGAGCAUAAAUGGCUCUGACGACGAGGGAAGCAUAUAUGGCCUUGAUGAAGAGCAAACAGAAAAAUUUUAUGAUAAACUGAUGGAGAAAUUUGACCAUUGGUCGAGUUUAUCGGAUGGAGGGAAAACUGCGUCCGUCGAUAGACUUACGUCACAGUAUCAGUUUACGGAGAACGAGUUGUUACUUUACUAUACUUGCGUUUUCUACUUUCUGCCUGCAAUAGGACCUCAGCAUACGCUUCCACAGCUGACUACAACAGAAACGUUUGUUCCCCUAAUGUCAAAGCAUCCAAUUGUGAAGGAUGUUUUUUUAUGCUGUGGCGCAACAUUUCUGGCCUGGUGCCAGCCUCAAAAAUACUCUCACAUAGCAGAGCAUCUCUACCAGAAGAGUAAAGCACAUCUACAGGAAGAAAUCGUCUCACAGCGAAUACGAGGCGAUGAGACGUGGGCCUUUGCAUGCUUUCAGUUGCUAUGUCUAACUGAUAAGCUGCACGGUGGACAUGGAGCCUCAAUGGUUGACCGCUGUGUUGACAACUUGGCCCACUCUUUCAACAUCAUAAAGAGAAAAAUCCAAAGAAUAAGAGAAAAGGGCUCAACGCCCACGGACAGAAUGCUAAUCGAAAGCUUCAUGUAUAACUAUACGGUUUCAUUACUCGUUGCAAGAGACCUAUCAAAACUACCUAAUCCCUUUAGCAAGAUAUUUCACGACUUGACCAUAUUACUGAAAUCCCCUAUCUUCAAUGAUUGCGACGUUGAAUGGAUGAACAAUCCUGUGUUGGGCCCUUCUGUUGAUGCUUUUGAAAUGUUAGCGAAAGUUUCCUACUUGAGUCGUAUGCCACUUCCUCUAUCUUCACCAGAAUGGAUUGAAACUGCUCAAGCGCUACUAGAAGAGUGCUUAUACUAUACACCACCAUCUCUCCCGGAGGAGGUUCGCCAAAAUCCUGCCAAAUACGAAAAGUAUCGCCCGGGCUUGCUCUGCGGGUCCAUAAUAAGCAAAGCGUGUUACCUUCUAUUGAGUAAAAUUUUACGAUUUAAUGAGUUCAAUGUCAAGGAUUUUCAGAUCCAAGGUGUAGUGAAGUACACUGUACAGAGUCUCAAAGACAUCGAAAAAGGAAAUCCUUUACUUUGUAUUCUACUAUGGUCUCUUCUCAUCAUUGGCGCAUUUACUGUCGAUCCAGAUGAUAGACUAGUAAUUAAAGAAUACCUUAAAAGUACUUCCGAAACUAUACAUUCCUACGGUGCAUUGAAGAUAAGUAAUCUGCUUCAAUUAAUAUGGGAAAGAGAGAAUAUCAACCUCUUGUUUGUCAGAGAAAAUAUCUGUCAAGUAAUAAUUUAG